AUGGAUAAAAAGCUGAACAUUGGAAUUCUUGGUUGUGGUGCUAGUGGUUUGGUCACGUUGAAAGAAAUUCUCGACGAAGGACAUGACGGAACUGUAUUUGAAAAAUCGAAUGUGAUUGGUGGUCUAUUCACUGACGUUUAUCAACAAGGUUUUAUGGUUAGUAGUAAUGUAGUAACAAUGUUUAGUGACUUUGUUGGUGGUAACAGUGAGGAAGGUGAUGAAGAAUUGUUAAGAAAGCCACGAUGUUGGAGUUUCCUUGAGUAUUCGAAAUAUUUGAAUGAUUAUGCUGAUCACUUUAAACUGAGAUCGCAUAUUCAUUUUCGAACUAACAUUCAAACUGUAUGGAAAGAUGUAACAACGGGUAAAUGGAAAGUGCGAGUAAUGGAGGGUGUCGGCGAAGGUAAUGAAAAAGAGAAGGUCUACCAGUUUGAUCGUAUCGUCGUAUGUACUGGUACCCACCAUAAACGAGCUGUGCCCUAUUUCGCUGGUCAGGAGAAAUUUCAAGGGAAAAUAAAGCAUUUACGAGAUGUGAAAACGUUUGAAGAAUUUACUGGUCAUCGCGUGUGUAUUGUUGGAAGUGGUGAGGGUGCAUCGGAUAUGACUUUGGCCGCCGCUAAACAUGGUAAAACAUCGUUUAUAUCGAUAAGAGCGGACCACGGUUGGAUUGUGCCACGGUAUACAAAUGGUCCACAUGGUCCAUCUGAUCUCAAUACGACUCGUGUACGAACAUCAAUUCCGUACGAAUGGGGUGUUUCUUUCAAUUUCUUGGUUAUUAUGAUUAAUCUUUUUAAAGCAUAUAUUCUUGGACUAUUGACUGGACAGGAUUUUUCACUUCGAAAAGCAACAUUGAAGAUGAAUUUAAAGCAAAUAAAAACGAGCAAUAGUAAAAAUACAUAUGGUACAAAAAAUAAUGGCCUCGUCGAAGCACUUAUCCGUUAUAAAUGUGAACGGAAACCGGACAUUCGAGAACUAACGGAAAAAACAGUUAUAUUCGACGAUGGAAGCGAAGAAGAAAUAGAUGAAAUUGUGUGUUGUACAGGAUUUCAAAAUGAAUUUCCUUAUCUUGAUACACCUGACAAAGAAGCCGAUCCAGUACAUUCAAAGUUAGUUUCCAAAGUUGCUCAUGAAGCGCGUAUAUCACAUGACCUAUAUAAACAUUGUGUUCAUCCCGAUACUGGUGAUGAGCUCUUCUUCAUUGGUUUUGCUCGACCAUGUUUUGGCGCCAUACCACCACUAUCCGAAAUGCAAGCAAGAUGGUACGCUUUGUUGUGUUCAAAAAAAGUAUCGUUACCCGAUAAACAGACAUUGAUAAGAAAAAGUAAGGAGUAUGUUAAAUAUUUAGAAGUCCGAUACACAACAUACAGAACGAAUCGCAUUGUUAGUUUAACUGAUCAUGCCGUAUAUUUGGACGAGCUUGCGCGUGAAAUUGGAUGUCGACCACCGCUCGUAAAAAUGUUCUUUACUGAGCCAUACAUUUGGUUAAAAUGUAUGUGCGCACCAUUGAUCAAUGCUCAAUAUCGUCUAUAUGGCCCAAAUCGACAACCUGAAAAGGCACGGAAAAUAAUUCGACAAGUGAAAUGGAUAAGACACAUGAGUAUAGUGUUUUUAUUUAUGUUACAUACAUACGGUCUCUUCUGGUUUUGUGGGUUUAAAUCGUGCAAACCGGAUACAUGGUAUCCAAUUAGCGAUGAUUGA